GCAUUAUUCUACACAAGGAUAUAGCGUCUAAAAACGUGUUGCUGGAUGAUAAUUGUAACGCUCGCCUUAUUGACUUUGGCUUGGCAAGGGAAGAAGAUGAUGAAACAUCAAUAGCUGGGGGGAGACUGCUAUAUUCGCAUCCUGGGGUUGGUCAUGGAUGUGCAAAAGAAAGCUGGGAUUAUUACAGCUUUGGUGUUAUUGUAAGAGAAAUGAUUACAAGUUUUGGACCGGAGGGCGAAGAAAACAUAUACUUGAAGCAUAUUGCAGAAAAAGACGUAAAAAUGGAUGAAAACAUAUGGAAAUAUGAUGAAUUAGGAAAUAUAGGUCAAAAGCUGACUGAACUUUCAACAUGUCUGCUGGAACAAACUGAUUGGAAAGUUAGAGAUUUCACAAAAAAUGUCAUUGACGAGUUACAUACAAUAUGGAUACAUUUAGGCGAAAGCUGCCUUCUUGAGGUUUCAAAAGGUGUUAAUGACGAGACAUGCCAUUCCUGUAUGAUCAAUAAAAAAGCAAAACAAACAUCCAUGAAUCAGAGGCACAUUGAAAACUGCAAACAAAAAAUUGAAGUGUGCAUAGCUUGUGAAAAGAACAGUUUUCUUAACCCAAUUACAUGUUAUUGUGGGUUAGAACUGACACCUUCAAUUGGUAACAGAUGGGGAGCAUUACUUAUAGCAGGAACCGAUGCUGAUGACGAUUAAGUAGCAAAAGCGCUGACUCAAGAUGUUAUGGACUUGAAAAGGGUUUUGAUAUCUCAAGCACCUCGAGUAUUUGGAAUCAGUGAAAGAAACGUACGUACAGUUGUACCGAGUACCCUACACAAUCUACAUGACAAAGAAGAAUUAUGGCCUAAAACCAAAGACUGCAUUAGACACUUUAGUGAGACAACAGAUAUAGAUACCCUGCUUAUAUUUUUAUCCUGUCAUGGGACAAAAACAAAAGAGCCACAAGAUGGUCAGUUUCAAUUAGGCUCAAAUGAAGACGACAAUAUCAGUCUAGAAAAUUUUGAAAAAGAAUUAGAACGUUUGGAAAAUAUUGAAAAAUUGAUAGUAGUGUUGGAUCGAUGCUAUCCUCCUGUGAUAAGAUUUAAGAAAAGGGAACGAAUUUACGUUCAGAUAAACUCUUGCAAGGGGGAUCAACAGGCUAAGAUGGAUCGUUAUGGGAGCAUCUUCACAAGAUUUUUUAUAGGAGGUUUAAAAGCAAAGUCGGAAGGAGGACAAUGUUCCGAUAAAUGUGAAUGUUGUAUAGAGUACUGGAAUAAAAGUACAGAUUUUAUAACUGUUGAUAACUUAUUUGACUAUGUCAGUUGUCAUUUAAGUGAACAAACGCCAACCCGUCAUACAUGCUUGCAUCAUCACAGCAGCAAUAUUGCAUUUUUUACCGGAGUUACAGUGGAAAUAAAUUUCAACUGUAAAAACACCUCCACAGGUACAAAAAUACCACUUGAGUACCUGAACGAUAUAGACCAAUUGAAAACAAUAUUGAAGAAACAGUUUAAACG